CCCUCCACCUGCUCCUCAACGUCUCAAAGUUCUUUUCGCUUCUCGACCAGACGAAAGCAAUAAUAGGGAAGAAUUUCAUCUCUUGUCUUCUCCUGAAGAAUGAGCUGGACAUUCUGCCUUACUGCCUGGCUGGGUUCAUGGUAACGGGUUGCGUUCUCCGGUUUUCGUCCCCACUCGGACUUAGCGCCUAUCGCCCGCUCCAGUUUAGCCUUCGUGACAACUGCCAGGCCUGCCUUCAUUCAUCUUCCCACUCUCUUCUCACACUCCCAGCUCGUUACGGCCUCGUCAUACUCCCGCCACCCUAACUUCACAUCUUAGUUCUUCCGAAAACAAAUUGGGAGAGAUGGUCAUUCGAAUCUGCUGCCGAUGAGCUCCAUGAUCGAGGCCAGCAAUGACUGGGCACGAGAGGAUGAGCUCGACUUGGGACCAGACGACGAUGCACCCUCCCCGCCGACCCGCAACGGUCUCACCGACCAUGUUGUUGACUCCCAUCAAGGGUCGACGUCGGAUUCAAUGGCUUUCGCCGUCGAAGAAGACCUGCCAGAUCUGACCAGCGAGAAUCAUGCCUCCUCCGUCAAACCACUCCCUGCUGUUGACCCCGAUACGACCGAUCUUCCCUCUACACCGCGUUCCGGGCAGCCCGGCGCUCCCGGUAGUGUUGAUGAGACUCUUUCAAUCCCGGACGACACUCCCUCCCUCCAUGGCUCCAUCGUAUCGUCGCGAAGCAGCAGCGCGUUGGCCUUCCGAGGCUCGCCUCGACUCAGCCCCAGCCCCUCCCAUCGCCCAUUCGACCUUCGUUUCCAGUCCAGACUAUCUUCCAGCUCAAUCGGUAACCUCCGAUCGGCGUCGCCAUUUCUAGCGCACUUGCACUCUCGCAAAUCCUCCGUCACCAGUCACCUAUCUCCUGGCACCGUGGACUCGGGGCCCGGUACGCCUCAGGGCCCCUGGGAUGUCGUGCGAUGGACCAAGCUAAGAAAAAUCAACGGCCAGGCGUUCUCCGAAGCGGGAAAGCGAAACUUUGGCCAUCCGACUUGCAUGGCGGUCUCAACAUCAAUCGUGGUCGGAACUUCCAAGGGAAUAAUCCUCGUCUUCGAUUACCAGCAGAACCUCAAGACAAUUGUUGGCCUAGGGACGAAAGCUGUCGAAUGCGGCGCGAUCGCAUCCCUGGCGCUUUCUGCGGACCACUCCACGGUUGCCGGAGGCCAUCAGUCCGGCGAUAUCUUUACCUGGGAAAUUUCGCGAUCUGCUCGACCCUUCCUUCACAUACCCCCGAUACCGGCAAGUCAGAUCGAUGAUCGUCCAGCAGAUGGUCAUAUCGCAGGGUCUCCGGUCAUUCAUGUGGGCUUCUUGGGUACCCGACGCACUGCGCUUGUGUCUGCCGAUAAACGAGGAAUGGCCUUUUCGCACUUAGCCACACGUGGAAUGGGCGCAGUCGGACGGACGGUGAAGACAAGUAGGAUCUUGGGCCGCUAUCCCCAGGUUUACGCAGAAGGAUUCCGGCCACGCAAGCCCAGCUCAGUCCUGGCCUUUUCGCCUCUUCCUUUGGGCAACGUUGAGCAGCCGACCGACUCCCUGGGUCUGGUUGCUAUGCUCACGCCCUAUCUUCUAGUAAUCGUGUCAACGACACCCGUCGCCCAAACUCAACAUAAAGCGCCUCGCCCAAAGGAGGUUGCUGCCCAUGGCGCAAUGACUGGAGCGCUGGCCUGGUUUCCGGCAAUUCGGCUGAAGGGUACAGAACACGAAACGUCGCGGACGAAGCUGGUCUAUUGUUGGUCUAAUGUGUUGACGGUGCUAGACGUCUUGGAGGUGGAAACGGACGAACCUCCGAACCGGGACCGACCCCCAAGCCUUGCGUUCAGACCACGAAGCAGAUGGAAAGCUGACGAGGCCAUUGUAGCUGUUCAAUGGCUGAGUCGCUCAGUGAUGGCGGUGCUUACGAUCACGCAACAGUUGCUCAUCCUCGAGGAUCACACCAUGCGUGUUACGGAAGCGGUUGAUUUGCUUAAUCGGCACAUCUACCAUGUGGAUUUGUUCUCCGCUCAGCUCCAUAGCCUGGUCGAACAGUUCAAUGAGGAGGAUACAACGAUGCAUGGUGUGGUCGCCGAUGCAUUCUUUAUGAGUUUUCGCUCUUAUAAGGGGCGCUUGUUCCUACUGGGCUAUAAUGAACUUCUUAUCGGAGGUCUCUCAAAUUGGGCUGAUAGGUUACUUGCCCUCAUGGAGGCAGGCGACUUCAUUGGAGCCAUCCAGGUGGCGACCUCCUACUACCAAGGUAGUGCUGAGAAGCUCACGAUUGGCCUCCCGGAAGAGGACGCAUUGAGGCAGCCUUUGGUUCGAGAAAAGCUCCUGGAAAUGAUUUCUGCAUCGCUAAAAUAUGCAUUCGGCCGCAACGCAGAGGCGAGUAAUGAAAUGCUUGAGAAUACACAGCUCCAGGAACUGGCCGAGGUUUCUAUAGCUGCUUGUGUUUGCAUGUCCGAGUUGAAUUAUCUCUGGGACGAAGUUUUCACCUGGUUUGAAGAAAGUGACUCGCAAGGCAUCUUCCUGGACGCACUUGAGUCAUACAUUGUCGAGGGAACUGUUCGCUCUCUUCCUCCUACGGCUGUCAAAGCUUUAAUCAAUCAUUUCGCGACCAACCACACAGCCAGCAGACUGGAAGAAAUCAUCUGCCUACUGGACACGGCCACUAUGGAUAUCGACCAGACCACUACGCUCUGCAAGCACUACAACUUGUACGACGCAUUCAUUUAUGUCUGGAAUCGCUGCCUUGGGGACUAUGUGGGUCCACUGCAGGAGCUCUUGGGGCUCAUACCAACCCAAGAGGCCUUGACUAACGGAGACUCUGCUAACGACAUUACACAAUACACGAAUGCGAUGAAAGUGUUCCCUUAUCUUUCUUUUGUCCUCACUGGUCGGGUCUAUCCUACUGGCGAUGACAUGGAGGAGACGGAUGCCAAUCGAGUCAAGGCGGCCUUGUACGAUCAUUUGUUCUCUGGAAACCCUUCCGGCAGAGGGCGAGAGGAAGCCUCUGAGACAUUCCCAGACCUGCGGACCAUGUUGAGAUUUGACACAGCUAGCUUUAUGAGCAUGAUGAACGAAGCGUUUGAAGACAGUUUUCUGAAUGACCAGGAGCCCGAUGAAGUCCCGUCGCACGGGGUGUCAGUCAAUCGACAGUAUUUGAUCAGUGUCCUACUACAAAUCAUGACUUCCUCGUCCUUUGAUGCAUCGGAUACCAUUUGGUUAGACAUGUUUGUUGCUCGCAAUCUUCCCAAAUACCCUCAAUACAUUCUUCUCUCGGGCAGCACACUUCAUCAGGUCCUCGAACGACUUUGUCGAUAUCCAGACCCGGCCAUGGCGGACGACUGUGAACUCAGCGCUGAGUACCUCUUAUCUAUCUAUCAUCCUCCUGAUGUGCAAGGAAUGAUACCGUUGUUCAAGGAAGCUCGGUUUCUCCGGAUCUUGAAAUCGACGUAUCGUUCGGAGAAGCAAUACCCCGAACUCAUCUUGACCUAUCUCGAAGACCUCAAUGAGCAAGAAGCCGUUUUUACGUGCCUGCAAGACUGCCUUCGUCCUGGCUCCGGUCUGGGCAAAAAGCAGAAAAGGGAUGUUCUUGACGUGGUAAAAACCCAUGCUGGUCAGCUUGCCGCGAUCAACGUCGAACGAGCCGCCCAUACCAUGCAUGCCUUUGCUCCAGAAACACACGAGACCUUUUUGAACGCCCUACAACAAGAUCCCUAUCGACAAUACCAGUACUUGGGCGUUAUCGUUGGGAUUGCUCUGCAGUCUGUGACGGAGGGCCGACCAUCCAAACCUAUCGAGAACUGGAUGAUCGAGCGGUACGUGCAGCUGCUCUGCAAGUAUGAUCCUUCUCGAGUGGCCGAUUUUGUCGAUGAUCUGCGUAUAGGUGACGUACGUCUGGAGGAGCUGCUGCCUUCCAUGGAGGAGAGCGGUGUAGUGGACGCCGCAGUCAUCUUGUUGGCUCGUCAAGGCCAGGUUCGAGCAGCUAUGGACCGUCUCAUCACACAUUUGGGGAAGCUUGAGUCUGGCCUCGUGGGCAUUUUACAGAACAUCAACGACAGUCCAGAUUCUGCAAGCACCACCGAAGCCACUGACCACCUUGUAGAAUCAUUGGAGAAAUAUACCCGUGUCGGCACUUGGCUCUGUCGGGGCCAGACGAGCACGGCCAAGAAUUCCCGAGCAGUUGAGAAGAAUGGCUUCAAUAAAGGAGCUGUCGAGCUGCCUCUGUCGUUUGAUGAAGCCCUCUGGCUCGAUUUGAUAGAGGCUGUGGUGCGCAUUGCCAGUGGUGUCUUUGGCUUGAUGCCCAAAGAAACCGCAAGAGCAGGCGAUGCUCCAGUGGCCGCAACUCCAUCUCACUUGAUGACAGCCUUCCGUUCCCUGGUCCAGCAGGUAUUUACCGCCCUGCUCGCCAGCACGGUGCGGAGUGGAGGGCCGUCAACCAGCGAACGCAGCGAUGUCGCCUUUCUCCGAAUCCUGCGUGCCUUCCUCACGAGGGCUGCAAGCUGGUCGCCAUCCCUGCUUGAGCUGCGGGCGGUGCUGGCGUCGAUAUUCUCCGCAUACACUUACGAAAAAUCACUACUGGCUCUUGCGAACGGCAUGCUCGACCGGGACUUAUUUGUGCACGUGGAUGAGGUGACACGACUGCGCCAGCGGGGAUGGCGACCACGCGGCCAGGUAUGUGAGAUCUGCCGACAGCGCAUCUGGGGACCUGGGGUUGGACCCCAGUACUGGCAGGCCUGGGAGCAAAAACAAGCAACGACGCAGCAAAACCGUCUUGCAAAACGGCUCCACGACCAAAAUGAUCCUGCGACCGCGCGGGGGAAGGGAAAGGCGGCCGACGUAGGUCAGCCGCGACAUUUACUGGAAGGCCAUGCGGACUCUCCGGAUGGCUUGGCUUCUGCGAAUGCGGACGGUUCCGAGCAGCCUGCCGGAUCUGUCGUGGUUUUCUCCUGUCGACAUCUGUAUCAUCGUCGUUGUAUUCUGGACGUCGAGCAAACUGAUGCUGCUCAGAACCAUUCCCGUCAAUCAUUCCGUGGCGGUUCGGACCUGGAGGUGUUGUCGUGCCUGGUGUGCCCUGUACAUACAUAGUGAACGAGCGAUUGGCAUGUGAUAAUGACCCGUCAAAUUCUAUUUAAUCCUAUUUCCUUUAUAGUCUGUUUCUAUCUUGUCGAUCUUUACCACAUUUUCUUUGUUGC